AUGAGUUUCAAGGGCUUCCAGAAGAGCAUCGUGCGUGCGCCGCAGCAGUUCAAGGUCAAAUUCAACAUCGGCGAGCACUCCAAGGAUGCCGUGUAUAGCGACGCCGAACGCCGCUUCCAGGAGCUCGAGAAGGAGACUAAGAAGCUGCACGAUGAAUCCAAGAAGUAUUUUGACGCUAUCAACGGCAUGCUAAGCCACCAAAUCGAAUUCUCUAAAGCAAUCGCCGAACUCUACAAGCCCAUUUCCGGCCGGGCGUCGGAUCCCAAUUCUUACCAAUUCGAAGGUAACCCCGAAGGUAUCCAGGCCUGUGAGGACUAUGAGACGAUCGUCCGGGAGCUGCAGGAAGCGUUGGCCCCCGAACUCGAGAUGAUCGAGAGCCGGGUGAUCAGCCCCGCGGACCAGCUGCUGGAGGUGAUCAAGGUGAUCCGCAAGGUGGCCGUCAAACGCGACCAUAAGAAGCUCGACUUUGAUCGUCACAAUGCCUCACUCAAGAAGCUGCAAGAGAAGAAGGACAAGAACAUCAAGGACGAAAAGGCGCUCUACAAGGCGGAGAGUGAGGUCGAACAAGCGACUCAGGAAUUUAACUACUACAAUGACCUGCUGAAGGAGGAGCUGCCGAAACUGUUCACCCUCGAGGCCGAGUUCAUCCGCCCGCUGUUCCAGUCCUUUUACUACAUGCAACUCAACGUCUUCUACACCCUACACGAGAAGAUGCAAGCCAUGAAUAUCGGCUACUUUAACCUCCAGCUCGACGUGGAAGAGGCAUUUGAGCAGAAGCGGGGCGACGUGCAGGAGCGCGCCGAGGCCUUGAUGAUUGUGCACUUUAAGACCAAGGGACUUGGCCGUUCGGGCUCCAAGGCCGGCUCGCUCAAGGCCGCCGAAAGCAAGAGCACUCUGGGCCGUGGGCGAUCCACAUCGACUGCCGACGAGAACCCUCCUCCUCCCUAUUCCUCUUCUGGUGUCACUCCCAGCCCAACAGGAAGCUUCUCCUCGGCGGCCAAGAGCAAGCCGGCGCCUCCUCCCCCGAGGGUGAAGCCCGCCCACCUCAGCAAGCCGGUCGAAAAGGUGACCGCGCUGUACGACUACGAGGCUCAAGCACACGGCGACCUCGGAUUUUCGGCCGGCGAUGUGAUCGAGAUUGUUCAUCGGACCGACAACCAGAACGAGUGGUGGACCGGCCGGGUCGAUGGCCGGGAGGGUCAAUUCCCUGCCAACUACGUGCAGUUGCAUUAG